AGCGGACAUUUCGAUAUUAAAUUCUCCCUCGUUGUGCAGUUGUGUGCUCGGACUGUUUUUCUAACGGACCAGGGAAGGAGGGCUGCAGCGCGUCGUUUCCUUUGGCUCUGGCUGCUCACAGCGAUGGAGGAAAACAGUCAACUUUAAGGGUUCGGUUCAAGCUCAGAGAAGAAGGGCUGUGUAGAGUGAGAUGAGGAUCAGAGAGGUGGAUCAGUGUGGAAUGGCCCAGCAGCUUCCAGAGGAUGCAGUGGGUCGACGGGUGUCCUGCGAUGGAGAGCGAGGCACUGUGAGAUAUGUUGGAACAGUUCCUCCUACGACAGGAUUGUGGUUGGGUGUGGAGUGGGACAACCCUGAAAGAGGCAAACAUGAUGGAAGCCAUGAAGGAGUCUGCUACUUUACAUGCAGGCAUCCAACAGGGGGGUCAUUUGUGCGACCCAAAAAAGCCAACUUUGGCAUGGACUUCCUGACUGCUGUAAAGCAGCGCUAUGAGCUGGGCCUAGAUCAGGCUAUUGGAGAAGAGGUGAGAAUCUCCACCAAGACCGUGAAGAUGGUUGGCUUUGAGUCCAUCAUGGAGAAACAGAGGAUGGAGAAUUUAGCAGAGGUUGCUCUCAUAAAUUGUGAAGUAUCUGGUCCAGGCCCCGAAAAUGAAAUCAAGAAAAACAUACCCAAUGUAGGUUCUCUGGAUCUCUCUGGGAAUUUAUUGAGCUCCUGGGAGGUGGUGGCAGCGAUUACAGAGCAGUUAGAGAAACUGCAAGUACUUUACCUGAGUCAUAAUCGACUUAGCAUUGCCUCCAGCCCUUCCAACCUCAGCCCCGCUUUCUCCAAUCUAAGAGUCUUAACACUCAACAGCUGUGUUAUCUCCUGGUCUCAGGUGCUCUGCUGCGCAACAAUGUGGCCACAUAUAGAGGAGCUUUUUCUUAAUGAUAACGAUAUCACUGAAUUACAGAGGCCAGUAGAUGUGCUGCAGGGUUUGAAGGUGCUGGACUUGUCCAACAAUAGUUUAGUUCAGGAGAGCGUACUGCAAAUAUCAAACCUCUCCAGGUUGGAGAUACUAAAUCUCUCCAGUACAGGAUUGACUACUAUUCACUUAAGUGACGCAUUACCAGGCACCAAGACGGCAAUGUUCCCUGCACUGAAGAUCCUUUUACUAGAUGACAAUAAAAUCUCUGAGUGGGGUGUAAUUAAUGAGCUGGACAAACUAAGCGCAUUGGUGCAGUUGUCUUGUAAGAGGAACCCCCUGAUGGAUUUGGACAAGAACCAUGAGACAACCCGCCAGCUCCUCAUUGCGCGCAUCAGCCAGCUGGAGAUACUCAACAGGAGUCAGGUCCUGCAGGAGGAGAGGAGAGGUGCUGAGCUGGAUUACUGUAAGAAGUUUGGCCGAGCAUGGCUGCAGGCUGGAGGCCACAGUGACCCAGAAAAGAACCACCCCAGUGCAGAGUUCAUAGCGCAGCACCCACGCUACCUCACCCUUAUUCAGAAGUAUGGUGCACCGGAGGAGGAUGAACUGAAGGAGCAGAAACCUUUCGCUCUGAAAGACCAGUUGUUGACUGUUACAUUUGAGUGCCCUGAGGAGAAAGACAGGAAACCCAUACAGAAGAAGCUCCCAGGUUCGAUGGUUGUUCAGAAAGUGAGGGGACUGCUGUAUAGACUCCUGAAGCUCCCAGGCACUGAACUCCGUCUCAGCUACACCAGCUCCAAGAUGGAGGGCAAAGAGAUCGAGAUUGAUAAUGACCUGAAGCCGCUGCAGUUCUACUCCAUAGAAGAUGGAGACAGAAUUCUGGUGCGCUGGUCCUGAGGUGGUACCUGCUGGAGCUUGCCGAACUCUGCGUCACACGCAGCUGACCUUCUCUGCACAGAGCACGAGCCUGCCUAAGCUUGCUUUCAUCCCUCAAACUGCCUGAGCACAUGUCUAUAAGAGAUCCACACAGAGACUUGUGGGAUCUUGUGCGCACAGAUGUCUUUUAGGCUUUCACAUUUCUGUGUCCUCAUUAGAGCUUUUAGGGAUUGAUAGGGAUGAUGAUGCACUGCUACUUAAUAUUAUAAUUACAAUUUCAGAUACAAAGUUCCUAUUUAAACUGCAUUCUGUUUUAACUGAAGGCAGGAUUAUAUUUGAGUUUUAGAGCGUGUGAUGGAAGGCUGCUCUAAAACACCUGAUUCAGUUCAGGAACCGUUUAAUAAGCAGAUUAAUCAGCUUUAGAGCAGGACAAACACAGUGCUUUGUGAUAGUAUCUCCGUAGUCGGUUGCUGUAUCUCAACACUAGAUGGCACUAUGCAGGUAAUAUGUAGGAGAAAUGCCCAUUACCCACUAGCCAGUAACGAUCUAUAACAGGGAUGCACUGAUGAUUUUUUUUAUGCCCGCUAGCAUAUUUCUAGUACUUUCUGUUGCAACAUAAGAUUAUUUGCUCUUCAUUGAGCCAAACUGGCAUUUUAAAUCUGUAAAUGAAAAAUUUCAGUUGCAUAUUUAAAUUUUAAAAAUCUAAUAAAAUGCUACAUCAAAGGUAAGAGGCAACCAGCUAUUUAGCACAAUCAGUCUUUAGUAA